CCUCCCCUUUGUCAGCCCCGGCCCGCCCGGCGCCGAGCUCCCGGUCCCCCGGCCGGCCGCCCGCGGCGCUCGGUGCCGGCUGGGCGCGCAGGGGGCGGGGGCCGCGGCUCGCCCCCCGCCGAUGAGCCGCCGCGGCGCGCGGGCGGACGAUGGAACUCCACAUCCUGGAGCACCGGCUGCAAGUUGCCAGCGUCGCCAAGGAGAGUAUCCCGCUCUUCACCUACGGCCUCAUCAAACUUGCCUUCCUGUCCUCCAAGACCAGGUGCAAGUUCUUCAGUCUGACAGAGACGCCAGAGGAUUACACCAUCAUAGUCGAUGAGGAGGGCUUCCUGGAGCUACCCUCCUCUGAGCACCUGAGUGUGGCAGACGCCACCUGGCUGGCCCUCAACGUGGUAUCUGGUGGCGGCAGUUUCUCCAGCUCCCAGCCCAUUGGCGUGACCAAGAUUGCCAAGUCGGUCAUCGCCCCACUGGCCGACCAGAACAUCUCCGUGUUCAUGCUCUCCACCUACCAGACGGACUUCAUCCUGGUUCGUGAGCGUGAUCUGCCCUUCGUCACCCAUACCUUGUCCUCAGAGUUCACCAUCCUGAGGGUCGUCAAUGGUGAGACAGUGGCUGCUGAGAACCUCGGCAUCACCAACGGCUUUGUGAAGCCCAAGAUGGUCCAGAGGCCCGUCAUCCACCCGCUGUCCAGCCCAAGCAACAGGUUCUGUGUCACCAGUCUGGACCCCGACACGCUGCCUGCUGUUGCCACACUCCUCAUGGACGUCAUGUUCUACUCCAACGGAGUGAAGGACCCCAUGGCUACUGGCGACGACUGUGGCCACAUCCGCUUCUUCUCCUUCUCCCUCAUCGAGGGCUACAUUUCCCUGGUGAUGGACGUGCAGACCCAGCAGAGGUUUCCUAGCAAUUUGUUGUUCACGAGCGCAUCUGGAGAGCUCUGGAAGAUGGUGCGGAUCGGAGGACAGCCCCUGGGUUUUGAUGAGUGUGGCAUCGUGGCCCAGAUCUCUGAGCCCUUGGCUGCUGCGGACAUCCCCGCCUACUACAUCAGUACUUUCAAGUUCGACCAUGCACUGGUACCAGAAGAAAACAUCAACGGUGUUAUUAGCGCCCUGAAGGUCAGCCAAGCAGAGAAGCAUUAGAAGGGCCUCUUCUGCUCCUCCCUGUCUGCCCUCCAGGCCUGGGCCCAGCCCCCACCCUGAAGAUUCUUCUUGCAGUAUUUCUCGAUGGACUGGAAAAUCAGCCCCAGGGUCCCCAAAGAGGAGGCCUCUGGGAGACAUCCCUGAUCGCUGACCCCACCAGGCCUGGGACUUAAGCCGAGGCCUCCCCAUACCUUCCUGCCUUCCUGGAGCCCCCAGACACUCCAGAGAGCCGCCUGCCUCCUCCUCCUCCUAUCCCCACCCCAGAAGAUGGUGUCUGAGGCCCAGGGAGCUGGUGAGCUGCACCGCCUUCUCUUCUGGCCUCACCCACAGCUAGAGGCAGAUGCCGAAGAAAGCUGGCACUUCCCACAAGACACUGGGGUACUGAUUUUCAUGUUGUCUUGGGGGGCUGGCCAAGUGGGACCGAGUUUGUGGAGACUGAGAAGACCCCCGUGAGGGUGGGAGCUGGAUGCCGUGGUUGCUGGUCUCUGUUCCCAUCAGCUCGGGGCUGGUUCCCGCAGAGUGGAGGCCAGUGGGGAGCCCUCGGGUCACCUGGCUGGUGAGGCUCCCCCAGGAGCCAGAGGAUCAGACCCAGGACCUGAGCCACCCAGAACCUCACCUGCUAACCACAGGGCCUGUGCCCCAACUCCCAGCAAGACUGCCAAGAGGGGCCCUGUCCAGACCCUCCCCCACCACAAGCCCUCACUCCUGGGGAUGGUUCUCAGGGGCCCACCAGCCUGGGACAUGAGCCCCUGUCCCCUCUGCUUUCCCUGGACCCUACUCGGGCCGGCAAAGCCUCAGUUUCCUCCAAGUGGGGGCAUUCCCAGCAUUCUGGACCUGGGGUUUCUUAGGUCACCCCAUCUCCCCAACAAUUGACUAGACCAGCAUAGGCCUCCCCUAUCAUCCUACCCCCGCCCCAGUUUGGGGGGACAUGGAAGGCCUCUGCCCCCAACUCACCUGCCCGCCACCCAGUAUGGGGACCGUGGCACUCACGAGUACUUGACCUGGGAGGCAGCUUAACUGAGCCUUAAUAGAGAAAAUCGUACCUUGUUUUAGUUUCUUAUUUAAUGUAUUUGCGCCCAGGCUGUGGUUGACGGCAGUUUCGGGGAUGGGGCCUAUAGAACUCAGGGGGUCCGGAGGCCCAGCAUCACUUGGCUGGCACCCUGACUCCAGGCACAAGCAUGAGAAUCGGGAACUGUCCAGGUACCGUGGCCCUCUCAAACAGGAAGCAGAGUCCUGUCACAAGACAGGCCCCAGGCGCCCCAUACCGGCCACCCAUACUCUCCUGACAGGUGCCUAGGCAUUCUGCUUCUACCGAACAUCGGAACCCAAGGGCCGCAGGAGGUGGACAGCCAGAGGGCAGACCAGCUGAGAUGGUCUGUUCUGACAGAGAGAAUGGGGUCAGCCUCCAGGCCUCGUCAAUGGGGGUGUUUUCAGAGCAAACAGAACCCACUGUGGCUCAGGCCCUCAUGUUGUUUCUCUGGCAGCCUCUGACUUGACCUGUUCCUAAGAGAAGGUCCGAGGAGCCUGGUCUGGUGAAGUCUGUGCACCCCGCUGUGUGGGACCCCGGGCCCUGGAAGCCCCUGUGGAGGAGCCUUGAGUUUGCAUCCUUGCAGACGCCCAGGGCCCAGGCACUGAUCAGGAACCCACUUUCUUCUUUAUUAAGUUAAUUCAUUUUGCACAAAACUCCAAAAUAACCAAAACGUGUUUGUUGUUUGCUGGUUCCAAAACUUGGGUGGCCGAGCGGGCAGGCAGUGCUUGACGCCCUGGGUCCUUUUUUUGUCCUCGGAAAGCCUUGAUUUCCCGUGGGGCGCCUCUCCACACCCACCCCCUCCUGUCAGCGUCCCUAUCGCGUCACCUGCCCCUACCCCGCCGUGCAAGUGUCGGCCCCGUGACCCCAGAAAUGUGUGCUCCCUAGACCCCUAGGACGUAUCUAUUGUACACACCUAUAAAUACCUGUGUUUUAUGUCGAUAUAGAUAUAUACUGUAAAUAGCAUAUAUACUUGAGCAAUAUAUAUGUUAAUAUAUACUGUGUGAGCACGCCGCGCGUGUGCGCAGGGCGUGGGCACAGACCCCGCUGUGUGUAUGCGCGUGUGGGCUGAGGGCCUCCACCCUGCUGUGUCUGCCGUGCACACACGUUUUGAGCCACCAUAAGAUUUUUAAUUCAAGUAUAUAGGCAAUAUGCUGACUGGACAAGCCGCUGGCUCCCUCAGCUCAGACUUGAGAGAAAAACAAAACCAGCAGCCCAGGAGCCGAGCCCUGGGUGGGUGUGGGUCCCUGCCCUCUCCCCCUCCUGUAGUCUCCCUUGAAAUCUAGAUUUGCCCCUCCCCUGCACCCUUGUUUUAUUGGGGGCCGUAGUACAGAGAGGGAGGAGUACUUGGAACUUCUUGCUUUUUAACAGAACCGCGCCCCCUUCUCAGUGGUCUCAGCCUGCAACCCAGGCCGGCUCGGUCGCCCCGGCUGUCCACCCUGGGGCCUCUCCCCUCCUGUGGCUGUUUUCAUGCUGAUUCUUUUCACUGGCAAGCUUAGAAGCCUCCGGCUCUCUCCCCAGGCCUGGUGACUGGCCCCUCUAACUGGAAAAGGGAUGUUUGCCUUGACUUUGUGUCCAGGGAGGAGUUGCCACCCACGGCCACCCAUUUAGUUUUCUAGUCCCUGUGCUGUGUGCGCCGAGGCCGACGCAUCCUGGUGUCUGUGUGCCUAUGAGUAGCAAAGUUAGUGGUUUGAUCACCACAGCUCUUUGGGGAAGGUUGAGGGGUUACCCCAGCCAUCUCCUGUUUCGCUGGAUGGGGAUCUGUUAGCCAAAGGGUCCACUUGGGGGGUGUGUGCUGUUUAAUGCAGCUGAUGCGGCUGGACCCACCAGAAGCCGCGCGAGGAAGGUGCCUGGUGUGGCUGAGGGUCUCGCAGCCGUGCCUGGCGGGGCACGUAGUAGGAGGAGGAAAGUGGCCUGAGCAGGCAGGCCUGGAGCUGCCCCCUGAGCUCUGAAGGGUAUGUCUUUGCCUCUGCGGUUGUCCAGUAAGAAAAACUAAGCACCUAAAUGCUAUAGUCACAGCCGCGCCCGCGCUGCAUACCAGAGUGAGCACAGGGAAGUCGGAGCUGUGCCCACCACCCCACCAUUAUAAAAAAUCUGCCUCUUCGACUUACCCCCUCACCUGGUCCCCAGUCCUGACCUGGCAAAGAGGUGGGCAGUGCCAGCUCUGCCCCUCCUCCCUCCACACACAGGGGUCUUCAGAGCCCCCUGUGGCACAGGAGAGGCUAGCCACACCACUGCCUUCAGCCUAAGGCACACAUUGAAGCCAGAGAGACUUGCUGACCUCCCCCAAAAUUCAAGGGGUCCAGAGCCCCCAAAACUACCAGCAUUGUCCCCCUCCCGCCACCUCCAGGCCACAGAACCCUGAUAGGAAGGGAGGGAGCUGGGUGGGGCCCAGACCUGCCCCCUGCCACCACCCCAUGAAGCAGUGUGGCCACUGUGACUAGUCAGGUGUACCAGAGAUGGUAGUGAGGUGCCACUGAGGUGACAGGAUACUGUGGAGAGCAGGCUCUGGGAGACGGGAAAGGUCAGACCCCCUAUCCCAAGUCAGAGGCACCAUCUGCCUGAUAUCUGAGAUGAACCUGCGUGCCCACCACAGCUCCCCUGACCGCGUUGCCCAGACCAAUCCUGGGGAGUCUCGCCGCCACCGCCACCCUGGGCCACCUUGCUGUUGUCUGCAUCUGGAAAUGGGGACAACUAGAGCUCUUCCCUGCCCCAGCUAGAAAGGGGCUUGCGGUUUCCCAGCUGACUAAGUAGCUAAGGGAUUUCUGAUGCCGCUUUGAGCUCAGGGUGGGUUAAGAAGCACCCCCAGUAUGUCUGCCGACUGGGCUAUCAGCCCGUCAGGGGACAGGCUUGGGAAGAGGGGUGUCCUGAGGGAGUGAGCCAUGGAUACUAGAAAAGAUACCUUUGCCCACACCUCAAAACUCAUUCAGGCUUGUUUUCUCUCAUUUUCAAAUAAAGGGCAACAAAAGGACAAGGGUAAUUGUCUCUUUUGCCCUUGGGGUGGGCCGUGGCCUUCAGCUCAGAAGCCUGCUCUGUGGGAAGGCAGAGGCAGGAGCUGUCCCUGACUGUGUGCUGAGGCCGCAGCCGGGCCUGCAGGGCUGGGAGCGCGGGACCAGGACAGACGCUGCGGGCACCACCUGGUGAGAAAGUUCUUAGUCUUGGUUUAAUAUGGGGUGGGCAGCCCCUGUGCCGAGUCAGGACCCUGUUCUGUACCUGCGUGGGCCCGUGUGGGUCUACACACGUGUGGGCAUGUGCUGUUACACAGCAGUGUGUGGGCACGCACGCGUGUGCAGAGACCAGGUCUGAGCUCAGGAGCCGACUCGCUUCAUUCAGUAUUGUGAGUCCUCAGCAGUGUUCUUCCCUGUGGGUCGUGGGGUGGCGAGCCGAGCCUCCCCGUAGGGCCCCAGCCCAUGUGACUUCGUUAAACGUUAAAACUGCUCUGUGAAGGGGCAGCGGCUCCCCAGCCCAAGAGGCCUGUCCACCCACAUAGGCCAGAACUGCUAAGCCGACUCCUCAGAAACAGCCAGUCCCGAAGACAGUAUUCACAGGGAGAGUGGUGGCUGCGGCGCCCCCUUGCCUGCCUGCCGGGGCUCGUCCAGAAGACUGUCCAGCAAUGCCGGAGACCCAGGGGUGGAAAAAAAUGAAAAACAGGCCAAAUUCGGGUCCCAAGACAGGCCAAGCUCAGUGCGUUUUCCUGUCCACUGCCUCAGUUUAUCUUUUCAGAAAAUGGUCCAGGAAGAACUGAGCAGGGUUGGCUCCAAAACAUGGGGGGACUGACAAAACCCCAAGCCCUCCUCUCGCUCUAUGCCAAAAUCAUUUCCGUUAUCCUGAGAUGGGGGUUCAUGGAUGUUGGAUGCACAGCAGGGCCCCAAGGGGCUGCUGCCCUGCCCAGGGCCUCGGCUUGGGGGUCUGGGCAUGCCCCAGAGUCCCCAGCGGUAGCAGCGGCACUUACAUCUGUCCCAACCCUGGGUGAUGGGAGAACAGGGCAGCCCUGCACCCAGGGCCCGCACGCUUAACUUUCUUUGUUGAAACACAAAACCCUCGAGAUUCAUGUACUGUAUGACGGAGAGAAAAGUACCUAAUGUUCCCCCCAAAAGACAGUAUAUUUUGUACUUUGUAAAGUGUUAAUUAAAAUGGAGGAAAAACUGAU